UCUAUAGCAACAAACUAGCUCGUAACCUGGGGCAGGCGAGAGCUUGGCAAUGGCAAAUAACGCAGCUAAACAGUGAGGUGAAGUGACGCUUCAGCAAAUCCAACAUGAACACCAUCUUCUCAAGAGACAGACAGAUAAAGAGCAUGGAGCUGACAGUGAGCCAUGCUGAGAAGUACCUGGGUCAGUUCUGCAGCCUGCUGGCCUCUUACACCAGGAAGACAGCCAAGCUCAGGGACCAGGCUGACAUGCUGGUCAGACAGCUCAAUGACUUCUCGAAUACUGAGGACCCAGAGCUCCGUACCUGUCUGAAAAACCUGGCUGAAGACCUGGCCAUGGUGCAGGACUACCGCCAGGCGGAGGUAGAGAGGCUGGAGAGCAAAGUCGUCACUCCCCUCAAAGCCUACGGAGAUAUUGUUGAAAACAAGAGAGCGGAUCUGAAGAGGUUCAAUGCUGAUCGGGACAGAGCGCUGAAAGAGCUGCAGAAACUGGAGAAACUCCAACAGAAGAAUCCCUCUGAUAGACAAAGAAUUUCACAGGCAGAGGUGAAUGCUCAGAAGGCGACCAACGAUGCUCACCGCAGCACCAGACAACUGGAGGAGACCAUCAGUGACUUCCAGAGACAGAAACUGGAGGACAUCAAGAGGAUCUUCACAGACUUCAUCACAGUGGAGAUGGUGUUCCAUGCCAAGGCUCUUGAGGUCUACACACACACCUUCCAGAACCUGGACAGCAUGGACAUAGACAAGGACCUGGAGCUGUUCACUGGGAGGAUCAGGGUGUCUGACGGCCCUCUGGACAACCAGACCCUGCUGCCCUCCUCUAUGGCCCACCAGCCUAGUCCCCCCCUGGGAUCCAGCCUCAAACACACUGCUGAAUCAGCCAAGAAGUCCCGUAGCAGCAUCCUACAGCGCCAGAGGGUUGUAGAGGAGGAGGAGGAGGAUGAAGAGGAGGAGUAUGAGUCAGAGAUAGAGGCUCAGCAGAGCAGGCAAUCCUACGCCUCUCAAUACACCCAAAUACUCAGACAGAAGAACUGAUAGAUUGGGGGUACACAAUAGAUCUGUUGAUGACUGUGCAGACAUGUUCCUAUACAGGGUUUGCAGUAAAUUGUUCUGCAAGUAAUGCUUUGUCAAUGGAGGCAUUUGGCACUCAAGACAGACUGCAAUCAUUUGUAAUCAUCCAUAUCUGAGGUAUAACUGAGGAGUGAUAAUGUGUUCACAUUUUAUAAUGAAAAACACAUCCAUGUUCAGUAAUGGUUGUUAUUUCCGUUGUGUUAGAAAGGGAAAGGGAAGAAUACAUUCUAUUCCUAGAUAUAAAUGUAGACAUAUGAAAUAAAUUGACCCAUUUGCAUUAAACCUGAA